AUGGCUGGAGCAGUGCAUGAGCAGCCUCGCAGUGAGAACCAAGGUUCCAAUAGCAAGGACAACGUGGACAAACCAGGGCUGUGGCCUCCCAAGCUUCCGCAGGUUGUCUCAGAUGAUGAUAAGGAGGACUCUAUUGAAGUGUCAUCUGAUGGUGAGCGUGGGUCUUUGGCUGACGAAUUCUACGGCGUUGAAAGUGAUGAAGACAUCAGUGAAGGUGUCAACAAUGACAGCGACGGCGACAAUGACGACAGCGGCGAUAGCGAAGACGACGACAGCGACGAUGGCGACGAUGAUGACAGCAACGAUAGUGAUGAUGGUGAAGACAGCGAUGACAGCGGGCCACCUAGCAAACGCAGUCAUGUGGAAGGCUCGAGUGAGAAUGGUGGAGGUCCCGUCUACGACGACACCACGUAA